AUGGAAUUCUAUUCUUCUGAUGUUUUGAAUGUGUCCUCGACAGGGAUCAACCAAAACUCCACCAUCGGCUGUCCCUCGCCGCCAUCACCGUCGAUCCACCUCACAGGGGGCAAUUACCACCAUCCCACAACAUGCCAAAUCUUCGGCGAAACUGACCCCCUCGCCCGAGAGAGUGAUACCAGCGCAAUCGCCGCGGGGGUUUUCCAGACUUCACAUUCCUUCCAAAACAAUCGACCGCGCUCAUCCGACAGUGUGCUCACUAGUUCGACUUCCGGACAAAUUUUGAGAGCUGAUCAGCAGUGUAAUAACAUCAUCAACCCUACUACUCAAUGUCUCGUCGGCAAUCCCCACCCAUACCAAAUAACAUCGACUGAUCAACAUGCUCAGAUUUCACACCUUCCUUGUGAAGAUGUCACCGAGCCAUCCUCCAUCCUUCACUCCGAGCUAGACUUCCAAUUUGAGGAAAUCCAGGCUUGCCCCGUGACAUCCGACUCGAUUGCUCGUCCACCACGGUUGAGUUUGAACUUGGGCGGCCAUGACAUCUCAAAUUCUCUGCUGGAUGCCAACCAACAUUCCGCCUCCAGCGCGGCAGCGACAACUGUCACAUCCCAUGGAAACAUGAUCGGACUGGGCUCUUGCUACGUCGAUUGUAAUGACUUGGGUGGCCUUCCGUUCCAGUCAUCGGUAGUCGACCAUGCAUUGAUGGGAUUCGAGCCUACCUUCAAUUUCCAAGAGCAUCAUCAUUCGGACCAUGAGGUGGAUGAAGAGCGAUCGAAUUGCAGUCCCACCGCGCUUUCCCCCUUCAGUCCUCAUCAGCAACACGCCGGCCAGGACAAUCAGAUCCAAUUUCACAACCAACAGCAGGCCGGUUGGCAGAGCUUCCGGAGCAACUCCUCGGCCCUCGAGGAUGAUCAAAACCAGCAGCCCCUCAGUCCGACGGAAAUGGCGGCUCUGAGAUCCUCAUCACCAUGCCUUGCGCAUUCCACCAACAAUCUUUAUUUCGGCUCGUCUCCACUCUGUCAGUAUACUGAUUCGGGAUCAAUACCCCCACUGGCCAUGGAGCUCUCUCAGUCGCCUACAAUGCUCCGGACCGGCUCGACGGCUUCAGAAUUCUCGACCGGCUCAUCUGUUAAUUCGACUGGCGUCAACCCGAUUCACGUCAACCCGCUCAGUCAGCCGGUUACCCCGCAAGACGACAUUUUUGCUCCACUGAACGAUCCCUUUCACCAGCAUUGGUGGGCGAGCCACAACGAGAGCCAGAGCGUUGAAUCACUUGUUUCUAGUCUUAGGGCAUCAAUCGGCCAGCCUCUCCAGAAUUCUGCCGACCAUGAAGCUGGUGCCAGGAUGCCGUCAAUCUUCGCACAGCCCCUCAAGGUGACCACGAGCUCGCCGGGGGAGCAAACCAGCUCGGGAACAUCUUCAUCACCAUACAGCAGCAUAUCUCAGCCAAACAAGCCUCCUCACUCGCCAUCUUACCACCUGGGUGCGAAAACUCGUCGUAGCUCCCAUCGAUCAAGUCUUUCGAAUCAUAAUCGGACUACAUCUUCCAAAAUUUCAUCACGGCCAUUCCUCAUUGAACCUGAUUACAGUCGCCUGCCUACAAAACGAUCCAGGGGAAGGAGACCACCCAUAUCUCCGGAUCUAGGCUUACCUAUACCUGAUGGACAUCUUUCGAUCGGUUUGCAAUCGGUUCCAGGCGGACAAGCGUUCGAUCCGAACCUCAAUCCGCACGCGGAAACCGUCAAAUACUGUGAAUUGACAAAAACUGGGAAACCCAAGAAGAUUUUCAUCUGCCAGGUCAAAGGGUGUGGAAAAUGUUUCAAGCGAAGCGAGCAUCUCAAGCGUCAUGUUCGCAGCAUCCACACAAACGAUAAACCCUACAACUGCCCCUGGAUGGCGUGCAUGAAAUCGUUCAGCAGACAUGACAAUCUCAACCAACAUUUAAGAGUACACAGGGUAGAAGAAGGAGGCGAAGUUCUGAAUGGUCUGCAUAUCGGAAGCGAUGGCGUGUUAAGAUCCGAUCUCGAUGAAUCACCCGUUGAUCCGGUUGUCCGAGGGUUAAGGGACGUCGAGGUGCUCGAUCGAUUCAUGGUCGAUGAAUAG